CAGCGAUAUCGUUGUAUCAUCUGUCUGGAUUUGCGCCUCGUCGGUUCUUGGAUUGCUACCAUGUUUGUGCUUCCUCCUCCUCCCAGAUACCCGGCUCCGGGCACCCUCCAAGGCCAGCUCAUCGAGACCAACAACACCCUCACCCACCCCACCGGCCCCGAAUACCAAUUCCUGGCCGGAGAGGGCACCUAUGUUCUGCGAGAAGACCUCCACCUUGCCACGCCGCCCCCUCACCCCUCCGAAGCACCGGUUCAUAACCCAAACCCUCUUGCGACCACAAUAUCCCCGCCCAGCACCGGAUCCAAACUGUCCCUCGCUGUACUCGCCCCACGCCAGGCCUCCAACUCGCGACUGUUCCGUUUCGAUACAACCGCGAGCGCGCGAUCGCAGCUCCCGCCGAGCAUACAAGAGUCGCCCCACGAGUCCAACAGCCAAGCCUCAGAUGCUGGCUCACACAGCGUCAGCGGCAUCGCGCCUUCUCCGCGCGAGGGGCUAUACGCACCAGUUUUUGGCUCUGACAACCCCGCGUUGGCUGUGGUGAACGGCAAAGAUAGCAAAGACCCGCUCAAGCGUCGCAAACCAAAGAACAACAUUGUCAAGAGCAAUUCGUCAUUUGUUUCGCGAGUGAUUCCCCACGAGGCCCUGUCUAAGAGGCUGCAAGACCACAGCCCGAAUGGACUGUAUUGCUUCGUGAAUAUUAAUCGGGCGCUGCAAUGGCUCGAUCUCUCGUCACCGACCAAAGAGGAGCAUCUCACCAAGAUAUUGUUCACGAAAGCGCACGCGUUAUGCCACGAUGUCAACCAGAUAACCAAAGGUCCGAACCACAUUGAUAUUGUCAUGGGUUUCUCCACGGGCGACAUCAUUUGGUAUGAACCCAUGUCACAGAAAUACGCUCGAAUCAAUAAGAAUGGAGCGAUCAACAAUUCUGCUGUUUCUGAGAUACGAUGGCUUCCAAAUAGCGAGAACCUAUUUCUUGCGGCGCAUAUGGACGGAAGUCUGGUUGUGUACGACAAGGAGAAAGAAGACGCGCCGUUUGUUGCCGAGGACCAAGACGCCGACUCAGCGAUCGCAGAACCCACCAAGGGUUCACUCAGCGUCAAGAAAUCUGUGCGUUCCAAAACCCAAAAGGCGAAUCCAGUAUCAUACUGGAAAGCGUCUGCCGCCAAGAUCAAUGCUUUUGCAUUUUCGCCUGACAACCGGCACCUCGCCGUGGUAUCCGAAGACGGAACAUUCAGGAUCAUUGACUUUCUUGCCGAAACUUUGCUCCACCAAUUCAUGAGCUAUUAUGGCGGAGUGAUGUGUGUCUGCUGGUCGCCAGACGGCAAGUAUGUCGUAACAGGGAGCCAAGACGAUUUGGUUUCCAUCUGGUCCCUCGAGGAAGCUUCACUGGUAGCUCGCUGUCAAGGACACAACUCUUGGGUGACGGCAGUGCAGUUCGAUCCCUGGCGAUGUGACGAGCGCAAUUAUCGCAUUGGAAGCGUGGGCGAGGACUGCAGGUUGCUGCUAUGGGACUUUAGCGUGGGCAUGCUCCACCGACCUCGAGCGGCAUCCGUCAGGCAUCGGAAUAGUAUCACGUCGUCGACGCUCAAGAUGCAGCGCACCCGUACGGAGGGGUCCGCAUCGAGACUGCGAUCGAAUUCCAACCUCACAUCGGGUAGCUUGCUCGACGACGACGGCGAGGUGGUGCACCCGGUGGAGCCUCGGGCGCGCACGGCAAUGUUGCCUCCCGUCAUGGCGAAAUCUGUCGACGACCAUCCCCUUUGCUGGUUGGGCUUUGAAGAAGAUUGCAUUAUAACGUCGUGUAAGAACGGCCACAUCCGGACAUGGGACCGCCCCAAAGAAGCGGCCGGCAGCGAUGAUGCGGCGCUCUCGACGACGUCUGGUGGCGGCGCGAGCAACGCGUAG